AGCACGCAAGCACUAGGAGAGAAGCUUCGUCCGCCCGCGUCCCCGUCCGCGCCCCCCCCUCCCCCCUGCCGCCCAUGCUGGAGAUCCGAGAGCUGCGGCCGCUCCUGGCCAUCCUCAAUGAGGACGACAAGCCGCUGGAGCAGGUGGCCAGCGUGUUCCUGCGCACCUUCACCAAGAACGACCACUUCAAAGUGGGCUGCACCAUCUGCAUCCUGCUGCAGGACAACCUGCUCACGAGCUCCCAGGUGCGGCGACGGAGGCGAUGCGAUAUAGCCGCUGAUUGCUGGAAAUACUGCAGGCGGGGUGCUGACUCUUGCUUGUUGUGGCAUUUUUCUUCUUCUUCUUCUUCUGGUGUUGCGGAUCUUCAGCGCAUCGUCAGCUUCUCGAUUUUGAGCGAUCUGUACCGCAAUGAAGGCACAACGACCAACCCGUUCCUGCCCGUGUUCCUGGACGCGCUGGAGAAGGGCAGCGACCUGUGCGAGAAGAAGUUCAUCGUGCACCUGCUGUCGGCUACCGGCGCCACGCGUGAAUCGAGUAAAAAGACGGCCAAGCAGCUGAUGGCCGAGUUUCGAGCGAACCCGUCGCAGCCAGUCCAGUUCGAUGUGGAGGCGAUGCGAAACAGCUACUUGGAGCGCACGCCGUCCGUGCCGCAGUUCCGCGCAGCAGGCAUUCGCAAUGUGGUGACAGACACGGAGUUCGACCUGCAGGAGCACGUGAACAAUGGCGCGAACUUGCAGGUACCUCCCAACGAAGUCAGCUCGCUCAAUCUGCCGUGCUUUGAGGCGCUUUCGCUGGAAGAGAUGAGUCUGCUUAGCGAAGCGGAGGCCUCGACCAGUACGCCCGCUGCUGCAUCCAGUUCAGCUGCGAGCGCAUCGUCCACGGGAUCGCUGUCGUUGUUGAGCUUCGAGCCGACGUUCAUGCGCCUCCCCCCGCCGAUUCUAGAGCCAGAUAUGACCGAGUUGAUUUGGUUGAACCCGGACUACUGCCCCACGGUGCUGUGGGACUCGACGAUGCUGGACUCGACACACGGCAUCGCGUUGCGCGAGCUGAUGCUGCGUGCAUUUCAGAAACCGCUAGUGUCGUCACUGCAGCAGAAGGUGCUCGCGGAGCUUGAAGCGGACCCGAAGCUCGUGUAUCACUGUUCACUAACGCCACAGAGGUUGCCCGAUCUAGUGGAAAACAACCCCAUGCUGGCCAUCGACUGCCUGCUGAAGCUCAUGUCGUCCAACCAGAUCACAGAAUACCUGUCCGCGCUGGUGAACAUGGAUAUGUCUCUACACUCGAUGGAGGUCGUGAAUCGCUUGACAACGGCAGUGGACUUGCCCACGGAGUUCAUCCACCUGUACAUUUCCAACUGCAUUUCCUCGUGCGAGAACAUCAAGGACAAGUACAUGCAGAACCGCCUUGUGCGCCUCGUGUGUGUGUUCCUGCAGUCGCUGAUCCGGAACAAGAUCAUUAACGUGCAGGACUUGAUCAUCGAGGUGCAGGCUUUUUGUAUCGAGUUUAGUCGUAUUCGCGAAGCAGCCGGGCUGUUCCGCUUACUGAAGACGCUGGAGUAA